AACCCCCUUUCUCCCUUGCGUUCCCCUCGCCUCCCUGCCUCCCUCUCCCAGCAGCAGCACUAUCAUAGCUGCUCCAUCUGCCAUUACUUGCUCUCUUUCGCAGUUUCUAUUGGGCUUCACGGCUCUGAUCCUCCCCCAUCAUGGGUAUCUCUCGUGACUCGCUGCACAAGCGACGGGCAACAGGAGGAAAGAAGAAGCCGUGGCACAAGAAGCGCAAGUAUGACUUGGGUCGGCAGGCGGCCAACACGAAGCUGAGCAGCCACAAGACGGUGCGGCGGAUCCGCGUCCGCGGGGGGAACUACAAGUUCCGCGCGCUGCGCCUGGACACGGGCAACUACGCGUGGGGCAGCGAGGCGGUGACGCGCAAGACGCGCAUCCUGGACGUGGCGUACAACGCGAGCAACAACGAGCUCGUGCGCACGCAGACGCUCGUGAAGAACGCCAUCAUUCAGGUCGACGCGGCCCCGUUCCGCCAGUGGUACCAGCAGCACUACGGCGUCGACCUCGGGAAGAAGAAGGCCAAGGGCGGCAAGAAGGAGGGCGAGGAGGAGGAGAAGGCGGAGGGCGAGGCGGGCGAGGAGGUGAAGAAGGUGAGCGCGCACGUGAAGCGCAAGCACGAGCAGCGCCUCGCCACGCACAAGCUCGACCCCCAUCUCGAGGACCAGUUCGCCGCCGGCCGCCUCUACGCCUGCAUCGCCUCGCGCCCCGGCCAGUGCGGCCGCUGCGACGGAUACAUCCUGGAGGGCAAGGAGCUGGAGUUCUACGUGAAGAAGAUGCAGAAGAAGAAGGGCAAGUCCGCCGCCUAGAGGGUUGAGUGCUCACACAGAAAGCCGAGCCAGGCAUGCGCCCGUGGGGGAGAAAGACCUGGCAGUCAACGAGGCAUAGGCAGGCCAAGGCAUUGGCUAGGUUGGACAGCAGCUGUUGUAUUCAUGAGAUGUAAAGAGGGCCUUUUUCCUCUUGCAAUGGUUCUACCCUUGUUUUCUCAAUGUUCUGCCUCAAAAAAGUCUACAUUUAGUCAGUUCUCCAAUGCACAUAUCCCGUAAUUCUUUAGUCAACACAAAAUUUUGCUCCCAUUCU